AUGGAUGCAGCUAUGAAGGAUGCGAAAACUCAAAGGCGCAGUUCGGCUGCCCCGGCCGCCGCUUCCCAGUCGAAACGCUCGCAAGACCCGGUAUAUCAUACCGACGCAGUGCCCUCUGCCCGCAGCGCCUCCUCCAAACGUCGCUCAAGCCACAAGACCGAGAAUACCUCCGAGCGUCCACAACACCCGUCCCUUUCCCGUGUGAAGGGCAGAUCCAAUAUGUACACACCGCCACGGCUUGCAAGUGAGGUUUCAUGGUUGAGGGAUCAAUCGCCAGUCCAUGCUGGGACUAGGACACCCCCUCAGCAGUGCAAAACACCCGAUAUCGGUACUCCGACCUUGGUCAAUCCAGCAUCUACACUCCUACAAGAUCUCCUCAAGGAACAGCGUGCACACCGCAACUCCCGCGGAACCCUUCCCGAAGAUUGGGAAGACCUUGGUCCAAGAACACCGGAUGGUUCACGAGUGCAAGACGACUCGGCAUCGGAGAAAGGGAGAAAAGUGAGCGAAGCCAUCGCCACUGGGCAGCGACAACCGAAGGAGAUGGGCAUGCGAGAGAUGGAUCAGUACGUUUCAAAAAUGAACAAAUUGAAUUUCGACUUGAAGCUCGAGAUUCACCACCGCUCGGAGCAGAUGAAGCAGUUGCGGGAAAAGGUCCAGCGCAUGGAGGAGAUGGAGGCCGAGCUUCAUCGCAUGCACAAGCUGGAAGAGGAGGUUCUCGAGCUACGAAGUGUGGAGAAAAAGAAUCAACGACUGCGUGAGGAGAAUGGACUAUUGUCUCAGGAGCUCGAGAAGCGGAAUGUAGCCGUCACCGAGGCGGUUCAACUUAUCUGCCAGCUCGAGGCUAAGAUUGAUGAGCUCGAGUCGGGUGGAAGGACGUCGCAGAUGUCGAUGAGCCGGUUGGUACUUGAUGGUCCCAACAUUACGACCCCCAAAGGACAAACCGCAUUUGAGAUCCCCGAGAGGACCUCAUCGAAGCGAAAUUCAGCCGCUUUCACCCGAUCUCUCCAAUCGAGGUCCGCUGAACUACACCAGCUGACCAAGGCCCCGUCUUUCUUACGAGAUGACAACCAGAGCACUGCAACUUUGCGUAGUCUCUAUGCCCCCGAGAAUAACGUGUCUCACUCGGCCGUGAGUGCUCUGACCAAGUCAGAGAGCUUCACUACUCUGGACCGCUCACCCGAAUCACCUCGGCUUAGUGUUCUAAGUGAAUGCAGUGAGCUGGACCCAAUCGGUUCCACGUCAGACUUGGAUGGAUACGACCAGUUGGAUAUUCCAGUUCGUCGAGCUUCAUCUACAGCUAGCAGCUUGGAUAGUUAUGUUCCCCCAACUUCACGCGAGGAGAGCAAGGAUUACCAGAUUGAUCGCUGGAUGGGGUCGCAAGAUGUAUCCGAUACGAUCAUCCGACGACGACAAAAUCGGGGCUUAUCGCACAGUGUAGGUCCGACAUUUGGAGGUGACCUCUAUUCGAAGAAGUCUGCACGCGGCCGUCCACCAUUGGACGCGCUUUUCGGGAGCGCAAGAUUACCUCCAACUCCCGACACGAUGAGCACGGCAUGCGCACCGGCCAACAACGGUUCCGACGGCAGCAUCGCAGCUCAACGAAGCCCCCAACAAGGGCAAGACCGGUGGUUUGCAGGUCGGCCCGUUGAGCGUCAUCGUUCUGCAGAUGAACUUGCCUCCAGACGCAGCUUCAAUGGCAGCGAGAGUAUCCAGACGAACUGCAGUGAUACGCCUCGCCUUGGAACCACGAAACCAUGCUCUCCAACUUUCCUUCCGUACAUCAACGUUGCCGACAAAGCGAGCGCGCUUCUUGGGCCUGGCAGCCCUAACCAUCCAUCUUCUCCUGGCUUGAGCGAUCCCUUCCGCCAGAUCAGCAACGACGAUGCGGUGCCAUCGACAAUGACACGCCACGAAACUCCGACUAGACCUCACCCAAAGUCUGUCUGCCCUGACUUUGGAAGACCUGAUGGAUGGGAUUCGCCCUCUCCUCCGCUGACACCCACAGACUGGGUUGCGGCGGCAAAGCAGGGGCCUCGCUCUCGCAAAGAGUGCAACCCGCCCCGGACUAUCAGCCAAGCAGCAUUCCACGACAACCCAAGCAUCGCCUCCUUCCCAACCGAACCUGAUACCCCACGAAUUCCAACACUGGACAUGAACACACUUGACAUCCUCGAACAAGAUUUUGCAGAAAUGCCCAUAGCAGAGUCCUCUAAGCCCGAGCCCGAGCCCGAGCCGGCCCCGGAAACUCGACGCCGCAUCAGCUUCAAACCCCGCUUCUUCCAUCGUAAUAACAACACUAAACACGUCCAAUCAUCCCCAAUUGCCAAUGAAUUUCAUGCUACCGAAGAUGAUGAGGAAGAUGGCGCUCCGUCACCCAUAAUUCCAAAGACGAGGGCACCUGGCAAUGCGCGACGCCGCCCCGUAUCCCAAAUAAUCACCAGCUCCGCAGACAUUUACUCCUCCAGCCUACCAACAGCCCAUGAUCUCGACACUCCAUUCGAACAUAAAUCCCUGCAUCAAUCCCUUAUGGAGUCUCGAAGCACUGCCAUCGCUAUGAAUGGCGCAGCCACUAUCUCGGGCCGUCCGAGCACCUCACACAGCACGGAGACUCAUAAGCGUCGCAGCUCACUCAGUAUCUUCGGGUGGGUGAAGGGUAUGACCGGGAAGCGCUCUGAGCCUGCAACACCCGUGAAAGCGGAACGGCCCAAAGCUAAAGAGAACGAUCCUAACUGGGCCGUGGAAGACGAUCUACCGCGUUCAGCGACCCCAGAGUCCUUCAGAGCACCCAUUGUGCGCCCACGCUCGGAGAUGACCAUGUACUCGGAUGACCAGGGCCGUCGGCCACGAUACGUUGGUCGGCACUCGCGACGAGUCUGA